UCUCCCCACAGAUCCGGCCCUGCACGGCGGACGAGUUCUCUUGCCUGAGUGGAGAGUGCAUCACCCGCGAAUUCUUCUGCGACCGGCGGCCGGAUUGCCGCGACAUGUCGGACGAGCUGGACUGUGAGGAGCCCGAGCCCCCUGAGUGCGCCCAGCAAGAGUUUGCCUGCGACAGCGGUGAAUGUGUUCCCCGCGCAUUGCGUUGCAAUGGACAUCCCGAUUGCGGAGACGCUUCUGACGAGGAUGGCUGCGAACUCGAGAGGCCUUUGUUGCCCGCCUCCUCCCCGUGGCCCAGCACUGCCCGGCUCCCUGCCACCCCCUCCCCCAUCACCACCCGUCGGGCACCGGUCACCAAGCUUCCUCCGGUGGGGGUCUCCAGGCCCCCACUUGUCCCCGGAUUGCGCCCUUGCCAGAAAGAAGAGGCCACGUGCUCCAACGGGCAAUGCAUCCGCCGGGACUUCCUGUGCGACGGCGAGCGGGACUGCACGGAUGGCAGCGACGAAUUGCAUUGCGGCACUCCCUCGCCCUGCGAACCCAAUGAGUUCCGAUGCCGGAACGGGCACUGCGCCCUCACGCUUUGGCGCUGCGACGGGGACAAUGACUGCGCCGACGGCUCUGACGAGCUGGACUGCCCCACCAAGGGCCCCGGAGACACCUGUGGCCCCGACCAAUUUGUCUGCCUCUCCAGCCACACCUGCAUCCCGGCCAGCUAUCAGUGUGACGAAGAGGCCGACUGCCAGGACCGCUCGGACGAGAUCGGCUGCA